AAAAUAUAAAAAAUACAUGUAGAGUCUAAUGAUUAAAAUAACCCCAAACAUGAGGCCGAAAUCUACGGAUCGGCCUUAUAUAAUCUUCAGACCUGUGCUGCGGUCUAAAUGCGAACCACCGGUUUGACGAAGACCUAUCAUCGGCAUCGCUGCCAAACUCUGGCAAGCAGGCUACUUUCACUUUCAUUUGUCAAUUUAAAUGACAGCGCUCCGGCUGAGCGUCCAGAAACUGAGGGCGAGGCUACUGAGACGAUUGCCAGUCUUGACCACAGCAUUUAUCAGGGUACAACCUACUGCGGAGAGAUUCCUCAGCGCCAAAACAUCCACUACGAUGGACGGAGUUAUGGGAGCCCGAGAUUCUGGACGGUUCGUCACAGAGAACAGCAAAGAUGUGUUUGUCAAUGAUGAUGGCGUGGAAAAGCUGGCAAAGAUACUGUAUGAGAAAGUGAAAUGUGGAGACUUCAACGUGACGAUGUGGAGGAAGCAUGAGCUCAACCCUCAGGGCAUGGACGAAGACGCCGUCAACUGGGUUUUUGUUUCGGCGGUUUUGAACUUCUCCUUUUGGUCCCAGAAGCCCACGGACAGGUUUGCGGUUACCUACAAAGACAAACAACACACUGGCUACUGGUCCUUGUGUGCAGCUAUGAACCGGGCCCUAGAUGAAGGCAUUCCAUUCACCACAGCAUCCUAUUAUGCAACAGUAGAUUUGGACACAAUGAAGAAAAUUUUCCGCUCAGACAAUGAGUUUGAAAUUCCAAUGUUGGAGGAAAGGGUGAGAGUUUUGAACGAGGCCGGGAAAGUUCUCUUGGAGAAAUACAAUGGCUCCUUUGCUAAUGUGAUCAAAGAGGCUGGUAAAAGUGCCCAAGCCCUGCUGAGGAUAGUGGUGAACAACUUCCCAAGUUUUCAAGAUGUUGCCGAAUUCAGUGGAAAGAAAGUGGGCAUCUACAAAAGAGUUCAGAUCCUGAUAGGAGACGUCUGGGGAUGUUGUGAAGGGAAAGGACUCGGAGAGUUUGAUGAUAUAGACACCAUCACCAUGUUUGCUGACUACAGAAUCCCUCAAGCCCUGGUGUUCUAUGGUGUCUUGAAGUACUCAGACAGCUUAAUGGAGAAGUUGAAGCAAGUUCCUUUGCUGAAAAGUGGAGAGAGAAUAGAGGUAGAGAUACGAGGAGUUAGCCUGUGGGCGUGUGAGCUCGUUCGAGACAAGAUCCUUGAGCUGUUGAAGGCAGACAGGGAGAAAGACGUGUCCAGUUAUGACGUCAACGCCAUCCUUGUGGACCACUACUUGUGGGACGUCCGGCGGGAACUGGCCGAUCAAAUGAUGGACAUCCCGUUUCAUCGCUGUCGAGGAAUCUUCUACUGACGGGAGUCGUUUGUAGUGUUUGUUUGAUGAUUUGUUAUACCAUUGAAAUUCAACAUAGAAUG